AGAAAUGGAUCAGUGGAUUCAAAAAUUGUUUCCGAGAAGGCGCCAGAGAGGGAGGAGACUAAUCCUGAAAAUGCACCAGAAAAGGCUAUAGAAAAGGAAAAAAAUAGUAGUACACCUCAAGAUCAAAAGGUAUCAAGAGAUACAAGUGAAAAACACGAAAAUGGUUCGGCCAAUGAUGGCGCAAGGAGGGAGGAAGGAGCCUAUGGAAAGAAGGCCGAUAGUGGAAAGGCUAGACUAGAGGAUGCAAAAUUGAAGAAGAUUAAGAGAGUGAUGGAUGAACAUGGUUCUGGUAAUUCUAUUUGCUCUUUUACUUGGACUGUACUUGACAAAUUUGUUUAG